AUGACAGUGAUGUGGCAGCUCUUGCUCCUGUGGUGGGCAUGGAGUCCUCUGUGUCUGUCAUCCAGUGUAAGCUUCAUUGGUACACCACAACAGUGUCAGAAAGCUCACUUUGUCCCUGGUUACAAUCUGGGAGGGGAAGGCUUCGAUAUCGUCAAAAUGGAACGAAAAGGUUACUAUGUCAUCGACACUGAAACAUGGAAACUUGGCAAUGGUACUUGCAGGCUAUACCCUAACAGCUACAAGAACAGAGAGAAUCAGAAGGUCCCCGUUGCUGUAGUGGACUGGAGAAUCCUCCCACAAUGCAGUUUAAAGGUCUCCGAUAGCACUUAUGACUCCGUCGAAAGUUUUGUGCGUGGUUCUACCUCAGCUGUGACCAAUGAUUGGAAAGUUGGCCUUGACAUCCCUGUACAUUCUGUCACUGUUGGUAUGGCCGUUGGAGGUACCCACUCCAAAGAAUCAACCUUUGCCAUGAAAAAGUCAAAACAAGACCGCUAUAGCUUCAUGCGCCAUUCUGUCCACUGUAGCUUUUACCGCUAUGGACUGGCAACACAACCUCCCCUGAAUAAUGAGUUUAAAUCAGCUGUCAACUCCCUACCUUCAUAUUCAUGUAGUACUGCUCCAAUAUAUCGUGAUCUGAUCAAUAGAUUUGGCACACAUUACAUCACACAAGUGACUCUGGGAGGGGAAAUAAAGUCAGUCACUGCUGUUAGGACCUGCCAGGCAACCAUGAAUGGACUGUCGGAGACAGAUGUCAACGACUGUUUGACAGUUGAGGCCUCAGCUGGGUUUGCUAAAUCUGUCAGUAUUAAUACCAUGAAGAAAGACUGUCAGGCGAAGAAGAAGAAGUUAAGCUCUAGUCAAAGUUUCAGCAACACGUUUAAUGAGCGUACCACAGAGGUCAUUGGCGGAAACAUUAAUGGAGUUGAUAUCCUCUUUCAAGGGCAAUCAAACCCCUCUGUCUAUAGUGCCUGGCUUAACUCACUGAAAGAAAUACCUGAUAUUGUCCGAUACAACAUAAAGCCCCUGCACACCAUACUGCCAAGUGGUCAUCGAGCCAGAGUCGGACUGAAGAAAGAGGUGGAGAAGUACAUCAAGAAAAAUUCACUGUCGAAAAAAUGCUCAGGAUCAUGCCAAAUUGGGCACAGAUCUAACAACAGGGAUCGUUGUGCUUGUGUUUGCAACAGUAAUCAGAAUGUGAAGUCAAACUGUUGUCCUGCUGGGAAAGGUCUUGCAACAUUAUCAGUUUACAGGCUUCAUGCAAAGGGAUUGUAUGGUGAUGUCUCGACUCAGACAGAUGGUUCAGUUGAGGUUAAAUAUGGUGGCCAGACAAAGCGCACUGCCAUUAUAGCAAAUGAUGAUAAUCCUCGAUGGUCAGAGAGGUUUGAGUUUGGACCCAUAGUCCUGAACAUGUACAGAAAGCUUAGAUUCAGUGUUUAUGAUGAGGAUAGUUACUGGAACAGCGAUCUGCUUGGUGAAUGCUAUUUUAAACCUCGUCGUGGGAGGUGGACAGGGAGCUGCAUGUUUGAUCAUGGCACCCUCUUCGUUUCAUACAAAGUGGAGUGUGCACCACGUCUUGGUGGUGACCGAUGUCAAGAGUACAUACCCUCCCCAAUGAGUGUUUCUUUGGCCAAAGUCUUCCAUUCCAGAAAUGGGGUCCUUAUUGGAGAAACUGGUGAACUGUGUGCUAAAUCAGUCAGUUGA